GUCCAGUUCCGCUCUCGGUGCUAAUAUGACGCGCCGGUUGCACGGAAGACGCCGGCCAAGUUGCACAUUAAAUUAGACGGUUAGUUCCGUGUAUUCACAAGAUCUUGUUAUCUGCAUUGACUGUGUACAAAUAUUUUGGACUAAACCCGUGUUCGUCUUUAGAAAUCAACAUUCUUAGAAGUCUGAGUGAGGUGUCUGGUCGCAUGCUGCUGCUGGUGCUGGUGGUGGUGGCAGGCGCGCGCGCCGCCGCCGCCGCGGACCUCUGCUCCCUGCACCUCAUCCCCUCCAACACCACCUACAUGCAGUUCACUAAGGAACCGGUCCCGCUCGAGUACGGCUUCCAGGGCCAGUUUAAAAGCAUCCACUGCUGCGUGAAAGGAUACCGAAGCAUCGAAUGGUUCAAAGACGGCAUACCGUACCCAUGGCCGGCGGGGUUGUCCAACCUCAUCCUGUACCCCGAGGCCGGCAACCAGACGCUGUACGUGCGGCGCGCGUCGCGCUCCGACUCCGGCGAGUACGUCUGCCGCGUCUCCAACCAGACCCACACGCAGGACCAUCUCAUCGCCCUGCAGAUCUUCAGUAAAGUUACUAAUGCUCCAAGAACAAUGUAUGUGAGCCAAGAUCAGUCGGUUGAAGAGGGCGCACCUCUUCGCCUGUUCUGUGAAGCUCUGGUUGAAAGGACUCAUCUGGCCGAUGCAGUCAGCGAUUUGAAAUGGAAGAGAGUUUGGCCGAAUGGGACCGAAGGGGACUUGCUGCCCACUCAAAAAGAAAUAAACACAUCUCGGGAGGACGUGCCGAACAUCUACGGAUCGUACUUGAUGGUGGAUCGCGUGUCGCCGGCCGACUACGGCAAGUUCGUGUGCGUCGUGCACAGCAACAACGUGCCGGUGCGCUCGUUCGUCGUCGUCAGCCCUCCCCUGCCGCCGGAAGAGCUAUGGCAUGUAGAGUCGGUGCCGUGGCGCGCGCUGGCGCUGGGCGGCGGCGCGCUGGCGUGCGUGGCGCUGGCCGCGGCCGCGCUGCACCGGCGCUGCACGCCUCGCCUGCGGCUGCUAGCACGUCGCGCACGCGCUCUAGCCACCACGCCGGCACAGAGAGCGCGAGUGCUGGGCAAGGAGUUCGACGUGCUGGUGUGCUGGACGCCCGUGGACCGGGAGCUGGUGCGCGGCGCGCUGCUGCCGACGCUUCAACACAAGUAUAAGUACCGCGUGCAUGGCGUGCAAGUGCCCACCGAGCCUGACAAUUGGUACCAUGAGCUGGAGAGCGGGUGCGCGCGCUGCCGGGCGCUGGUCGCCGUGCUGUCGCCUGCGCAGUACUCGCCCGCGCAGCUGCUCACGUCGCUGCGCCAGCUGCGCGCGCUGCCCAUGCCCCCCGUCGUCGUGCUGCUACAGGACCUGCCGGACCUGAAACGCGAAGCCAAAGAUUCAGGAGAACCUUUGGUGAAUAUCUUGCGACGCACGCGGCUGAUCCCGUGGCGCAGUCUGCAGGACCGCGAGUUCUGGACCCAGCUGCGGCUCGCGCUGCCCCUGCCGCCGCCCUCGUCGCCGGCGCCCGCCUCCCCGCAACACACUGGCCAGAAUCUGAUCCCGGCUGAUACUGACGACAAUACGAAUUCCCGAUCCGGUAGUCUCACAGCUCUCGUGGUGUAAACUAACGAGACAUAAACGGAUUCCCAGCAAGCUUCGAGUUGGGGUGGCUUCGACCUUCGAAACUAUCGCUACAAUUAACACAAUUU